UCCGGUUUUUACUGACGUUUGAAACGAAUGGCGCUCAACUUUUGAGUGGUGAACUGAUUAUUUUUGCGAAGAAAUGGAGAAAGAAGAUCACAGGAUCAAGCUGGCGUCGAAAAAGCAAGCAUGCGAGCAACUGAAAAAGUAUCGUGAACUCUUGAAUAAAGUAUUAGAUGGACAAACAGGUAUUUCUGAGGAGACUAAGCAGCUAUUACUGGAGGAAUUGAUGCGGAAUUUUGAGGCUGGAGUGAAGGAAAACAUUCUGAUUAAUGGCGAAACAUGGGAUGAGGCACCCGAUGAGGACGAAGAUGAUGACUGUAAGAAGCUGGACGACAUGCUGGAUGAAAACAUCCUGGAAACGUCCCUGAAACGCAGACGGUACCCUAAACAGAUCCUCCCUUACGUCGUCCGUGCUCUGAAGGCAGAACGAGAAACUAUGGGUUUGUAUGAACAAGCAAUAAAGCCAGUAAAGAUAAUAAAGGAUCCCAUUCAAGGGAGCACCGUGAGCAGUCUGUCAGAGACUGUACCCAAGACGGUCAGGCAGGCUGCUGCUGUGAUGAAGUCUCUCCAAACUGUCCAGCAGCAGGCCGAGGGUCUCCGGCAGGUAAUGGCUAUGCAGCCUAAUGCCGAGUCCAUGGAGCUCCACCAGGAGGUGUUCGGCAAGCUCUCGGGGGUUGAGCAGUCAUGUGACGGCAGAAGACGACCCCUCAAGAGGACUGCAGUUGAGAUGGAGAUGAACAGCAUGAGGACGAGGAUGAUGACCGAAGGAAUAAGAGGCGAGAGAAGAACAGGGCAGCGGCACAGAGAAGUCGCAAGAAACAGACACAGCGAGCUGACAGGCUGCACGAGGAGUAUGAAUGUCUGGAGCAGGAGAACCUCUUGCUGAGGAAGGAGGUGCAGACUCUCACGGAGGAGCAGAGGCGCCUGACAGAGGCUCUGAAAGCGCACGAGCCCCUCUGUCUCAUCAUGCACUGCUCUGCUGGCCUGAUGUCACAUACGAGGAUGGAGCUCCUCUCUGGGGGUCUCCCUA